ACAGAGAAUAUGUUGCUCUGCGUGGUCGGUGUAUUCAGUGCAAUAUUUGCAUUGUGCUCAGCUAGAGAAUUUGAACUCCCUCGAACAGCUAUAUGCAAGCGGAAUUCAGAUGAUUAUUCGACUUGUUUAAAACAAGCUGUGGAGGAGGCAUGGCCACGAUUUGUAGCAGGACUUUCAGAAUUUGACAUUCCACCUUUGGAUCCGCUUUUUCACAAAUACGAAAAAUUUGUAAUGAAUUCAGGCAACAUACGUGGAGAAUUAAUUUUGUCAAAUAACACUAUAACUGGUUUAUCAAAACUUCGUAUUUUAAAUGUAAGAACGUAUUUUCUUGAUGAUGUUUUCCGUUUAGAAACUGACAUAAACAUACCAAGGAUAUCUUUAAAAGGUGCUAUAAAAAUUAACUGUAAUUUAAAUGUAUUCAGAAUUGCUAAUGAAGGAUAUUAUAAUCUGACCUUGGAAGAUGUCAGCGGAACUACGAAUUUUACGGGACAUGUAGUAAACGAUACAUGGAUUGUAGAACAUUUCUAUUUUGUUCCGUCAAUUGGAAAGUUUAAAUUGUAUUAUGAUGAUGUGGUCAAAGAAAAAAAAGCAUCCACUGACGUCAUCAUAAAUUUUGUAAAUGAAAACUGGCUAAGCUUUUAUCCAGUGGCAAUGUCAUCCUUGUUCGAUAGAAUAGAAUUGCUUUUGAUUGACUUUGCAAAUAAGUUCUGCUCGAAAGUGCCUUUCUCAAAAAUAUUUCUAUAA